AUGACAAAGAAGACAUCAUGUAUAUUAGUUAUAACAAACUAUCAUGUGAUACUAUUCUCAGAGGGUAAAGACCUCACUCGCAAGCAACCAAAGGACUACCAUCUCUACGACAUCAAACAACUUAUCAACAAACAAGACUUCAUCCUCGCCAUUAUAUUCCAAAGAGGAAAGACAAAGACAAAGUUAAAGUUAAAGACAGAGAACUUGGAGGUGUUGUUGACGGUGAUUAGGAGAUUGAAACAAUGUCAGAAUAGUGAUCAUUGUAGUGCAGAGUUGGAGUUGAUGAUAAAGUCUACACAGGCAUUGGAAAGUUCGACUCCUGAUGUGAAGGAGUUACCAGCGACAUUGGACACAUUCAUGGAUCAGUAUCGUGGAUGGUGCAGCUACUAUGAGUCGACACCAAAUGUAGCAAUGACGGCGUGGAUCACACGCAUGUUUGCCGAGGGCAAUCGCGAGAUCGACUUGCAUCGCGACCUCCAGGCAUCCGAGUUCUCAGACACAACGUUCGACAUGCUGCCCCUGUUUAACGCGCUGCAGCAUGACCGUUACUUCUCGGCUCUCACCGUUCAAGACCUUAAGAAGGAGGUGCUGGUCAAGGCGCUAGCCGAGCUCGUCCUGCACAACUCACAUCUCAAGAAGCUGUCGUUCCGCAAGUGCUCUAGCGAGGCGUUCCAUCACGUGUUCUUGUCGCUGUCGCUCAACAAGCGCAGUGCCGUGCAGCUGCUGGACGUGUCGGAGAACGCCCCUGUCCAACAAGUCAACAACAUCGCUGGUGGCCUGCAUGGCGCAGUACCAACACGCACUCAUACACCUAAAUCUAGCCAACUGUAUGAUCGCACCCAAGCAGCUAGCGCAGCUAUUUGA